UCCCCCAGGGUUGGCCCGCCAGCUGGACCUGGCCUGAGAGUGAUCCAGGAAGGGACUGAAAGUUCAGACGGAGGGUGGGCAUGGGGGGUCGUCUCCCAGGAAGCCUUAGAGAAAGCCUACCUGUAACCUGUGAGAGGGACUCUUGGUGGCACAUGGGGCUGACACCCAGCAGGGUAGCAGAGGCACUGGGCUGGCAAGGACCUUUCAGAGCUGAGCUCCAGCCACCUGCGAGGGUGCCCUCCCUCACACGCAUCCCAGCAAGGAAACCCUGCUCUAAGGAGCCCCCGUGGGUCUGGAGCUGCCGCCGUUCCUUGGGAUCCAAGGGAUUAAUGUGGGCACGUGCAGAAAUGAGCAAGGCCGCCUAGCCUUCACAUGACUUAAAUAAUUUCAGUUUUAGCAGCUUCUCACCCUAUCACUUCCUCCUUUCCAGCCACCUAUGGGUGAGGGACUGGAAGCAGGAAAGCACCACUGUGCCCUUAAAGUUUUGUCCCUCCCAGAAACUGGGGGGUUGUGGGGGGCAGGUGCUAUGGUGGGUGGACUUGUCCCUUCAGGUCUUCAGACAUGGCUGUCCACUUCUUACUGUCCCCACAGCGAUUCUUGCAGACUCUUUUAUCCUGAGGAUCCUAUUAAGAUUGUCCGGGGCCAAGGACAGUACUUGUACGAUGAACAGGGUGCAGAAUACCUGGAUUGUGUCAACAAUGUGGCUCAUGUUGGGCACUGCCACCCUCUCGUGGUCCAAGCAGCGCACGAACAAAACCAGGUGCUGAACACCAACAGCCGGUACCUGCACGACAACAUCGUGGAUUAUGCACAGAGGCUAUCAGAGACCCUGCCAGAGAAGCUCUCUGUGUUUUAUUUCCUGAAUUCUGGGUCAGAAGCCAAUGACCUGGCCCUGAGGCUGGCCCGCCAGUACACGGGACAUUGGGACGUGGUGGUUUUAGACCAUGCUUAUCACGGUCACCUGAGCUCCCUGAUUGACAUCAGCCCCUACAAGUUCCGAGACCUGGAUGGCCAGAAGGAGUGGGUCCAUGUGGCACCUCUCCCAGACACCUACCGGGGUCUUUACCGGGAGGACCACCCCAAUCCGGCUGGGGCCUAUGCCAGCGAGGUGGAACGCGUGGUGAACAGCGUACAGGAAAAGGGCAGGAAGAUUGCAGCGUUCUUUGCAGAGUCUCUGCCCAGCGUGGGAGGACAGAUCAUCCCCCCUGCCGGCUUCUUCCAGGAAGUGGCAGAGCACAUCCACAGGGCCGGAGGGGUCUUUGUCGCAGACGAGAUUCAAGUGGGCUUUGGCCGAGUGGGCCAGCACUUCUGGGCCUUCCAACUGCAAGGAGAAGACUUUGUCCCUGACAUCGUCACCAUGGGCAAGUCCAUCGGCAAUGGCCACCCCGUAGCCUGUGUGGCCACAACCCAAGCUGUGGCAAGGGCAUUUGAAGCCACCGGCGUCGAAUACUUCAACACGUUUGGAGGCAGCCCGGUGUCCUGCGCCGUGGGCCUGGCCGUCCUGGACGUCCUAGAGAAGGAACAGCUGCAGGCCCACGCCGCCUCCGUGGGCAGCUUCCUGAUGGAGCUCCUCAGACAGCAGAAAGCCAAACAUCCCAUCAUCGGGGACGUCAGGGGCACUGGGCUCUUCAUCGGUGUGGACCUGAUCAAAGACGAGGCAACCAGGACACCAGCAACUGAAGAGGCCAAUUACGUGGUGUCCAGGAUGAAGGAGAACUACAUUUUGCUGAGCACUGAUGGCCCAGGGAGGAACGUCCUCAAGUUUAAACCCCCGAUGUGCUUCAGUGUGGACAAUGCACGACAUGUGGUGGCCAAGAUGGAUGCCAUCCUGACAAACAUGGAAGAAAAGGUGAGAAGUUGUGAGACACUGCGGCUCCAGCCCUGAGGCAGCCCUGUGGAGUGGUGUUCUUCUCUGGGUGAAUGGGCCUUGCUUCUCGAGACCCACACCUGGGUUCCUUGCCAUCAGCGGUGGCUCCUUCACUCAGAAAGCCAAAGCUUUCUCUUAACAUUUUGUUCCAAGUGAUGUUCCCUUCCUCCAGAUAGGCUUGAAACAAUGGGCCCUUUCCAGACACCCUGCCAGAAAAAUCUCCAAUAGUUGCAUUUGAUAGCUGACAUGAGAAAGCAAGAGUAGCACUUUCCUCCUAGAAGUAGCCAGUUCCUUCUAGAAGUGAUGGAAAACAAAAUUCUUUUUUACCAGGCUUCAUCCAUCUAGGGCCCUAGCCCACUGCCGCCUAUUGCAGCCAGCUAGUCUCAGGCCUUAACAACCAGCCUGAUUGGGCAUCCCAAUCCAGGCAGCAGACAGGCUCUGCCAGGGCAGGGUGGGCUGUACUACACCACCCAGGAGGGGCCCCUCGUGUCCAAAUCGAGCCAGCUCCUAUGACACUGCCUUGGUCUACGGGACCAUACUGUCCUCACUGGGAGACGGGAUCCUAUUUUCAUUGGCAGGGUAAGGAGAGAUGUCUGAAGGUGCCCCAACGUCCUGCUGCGCUGGGGCAUCCUUCACUGUACCACCUUCACCCCCUUGAACAGCUGCCUUCACUCUGAAUCACUGAACUUUUUUCUAGAAGGGCAGGGCCAGAUCAUUAAAAGCAGCUGAGCAGCAGUACCCUGUGGCUGACAGGAUAUGGCCGUGCCGGACAGGACUGCUGUUAGGUCACGGAGGGUACUGGAGCUUCGAAGGCUCAGGAGCACCUGGCCCUUCCCCGCUCUCCUCCACAGCACACCCCACACUCACCCAGGCUUUGGGGGUUUUUAAAUUUUUAUUUCAAAAGCUUGGAUAGCUUCAAUAUCCAGGUCGUGGCAAAAUCAGGACACGUGUAAAAUACCUUACAAUACAUUAGAUUCCCAAAAGGUACCAAAAAGUACAGUAAAAUUAACACUUCCAUUAACAGGAAAUGUAUGACACAAAUAAUAUAAAAUUAAAAGGUGAAAAAAA